GCACUGGCCAUACAGAAGGGCAGAAGCUGAGGCCAGAGAGGCUGGGAACAGCAGCAAGGGAGAAACCACAGAUGCCAGGGGCCAGGUAUAGAAUUGAGGGCAAGUAAAACAGGCUGGAAGGAAGACCUCAGUCUCUGAUUUCCAGGUACUAUACACAUCAGCCAGCUGGACCUGUUGUCCUACGUCUGUCCUGAAAACUUGCCCACCCUCUGGCUGUGGUAGGGCCAUGGAGACCAGGAGCCACCACCUCGGCCUGGGAUUUCUGCUCCUGCUCUCUCUCCCUGCAGAAUGCCUGGGAGCCGAGGGUAGACUGGCUCACAAGCUGUUUCGUGACCUGUUUGUCAACUAUACAAGUGCCCUGAGACCUGUGGCAGACACAGACCAGACUCUAAAUGUGACCCUGGAGGUGACAUUGUCUCAGAUCAUCGAUAUGGACGAACGGAACCAGGUGCUGACCUUAUACCUGUGGAUCAGGCAGGAGUGGACAGAUGCCUACCUACACUGGGACCCCAAAGCCUAUGGUGACUUGGAUGCAAUCCGCAUUCCCAGCAGUCUAGUGUGGCGGCCAGACAUCGUACUCUACAACAAGGCAGACACGCAGCCACCAGCCUCGGCCAGCACCAACGUGGUUGUACGGCACGAUGGCGCCGUGCGCUGGGAUGCACCAGCCAUCAUACGCAGUUCGUGCCGUGUGGACGUGUCUGCCUUCCCGUUCGACGCACAGCGCUGCGGCCUGACCUUCGGCUCAUGGACGCACGGCGGGCACCAGCUGGACGUGCGACCCCGGGGCGCGUCUGCCAGUCUGGCCGACUUCGUGGAGAACGUUGAGUGGCGCGUGCUGGGCAUGCCGGCGCGCAGGCGCGUGCUCACCUAUGGCUGCUGCUCUGAGCCCUACCCAGAUGUGACCUUCACGCUGCUGCUGCGCCGCCGUGCUGCCGCCUAUGUGUGCAACCUGCUGCUGCCCUGUGUGUUCAUCUCCCUGCUGGCGCCACUGGCCUUCCACCUGCCCGCUGACUCCGGGGAAAAGGUGUCUCUGGGCGUCACCGUGCUCCUGGCCCUCACCGUCUUCCAGCUGAUUCUGGCCGAGAGCAUGCCGCCUGCAGAGAGCGUGCCGCUCAUCGGGAAGUACUACAUGGCCACCAUGACCAUGGUCACGUUCUCCACAGCACUCACCAUCCUCAUCAUGAAUCUGCAUUACUGUGGUCCUAGUGCACAUCCAGUGCCUGCCUGGGCUCGGGUCCUCCUGCUGGGACACCUGGCCAGAGGCCUGUGUGUGCGGGAACGAGGGGAACCCUGUGGGCAGUCCCGGCCACUAGAAUCAGCCCCCAGCCUCCAGCCUCCAGCUGGUCUCCCAGAGGGGCCUUGUCAUGAGCCACGGUGUCUAUGCCAUCAGGAAGCCCUUCUGCAUCACGUGGCUUCCAUUGCCAGCACCUUCCAUAGCCACCGGGCUGCCCAGCGCUGCCAUGAAGACUGGAAGCGCCUGGCUCGAGUGAUGGACCGCUUUUUCCUGGGCAUCUUCUUCUGCAUGGCUCUGGUCAUGAGCCUACUGGUACUGGUACAAGCCCUGUGAGAGCCAAGAACUGGAUCUUAGGGAGCUGUGGUCACCUCAACACUACCAGGCAGGAAUGACAAGACCCAGGUGGUUGUUGGUAUUCAGAUAGGCUAGCUAGUCUCUCCCCAGAGUCAGGAAGACCUCUUCAGGACCAGCACUUCUGACCUCACAGUCCACAAACAGCCUUUGUGAGCUACCUGUCCUAAAUAAGGGGGAUCCAAAGCCGGUUUCUCCCUUAAUUCCAAUAUGAUUAAGGUCAAAGUAUAGACUUGGAGAAUAAGACUUAAUGUCAGUUGAGCAAGCUGGUGCUCUCCCGUAAUUCCAGCACAUGGAGGCUGAGGUAGGAAGAUUGCCAUAAGUUCAAGGACAGCCUGAGCUCCGGAAAAUUUUAUCUAAAAAAUAAAUAACCAUCUGUGUCUACACUUGGAAUGAUAGUUGUUAGCUGGGAGAAUCCAUGUUAUUUUUAUUUUGUUGAGAGAGUCUCACGAUGUACCCCCUGCUGGCCUGGAACUUGCUAUGUAGCCCAGGCUGGCCUUGAACUCACAUAGACCCACCUGGCUCUGCCUCUCCAAAGGCAGGUGCUACUGCUGGCUAGAGUGUAAGUUACUGACUGAAAGGACAAAGCUCCACCUCUGCUGUCACAGAUCCUCAUC